AAUAAAUCAACAUUUUUUGAAUAUUUUAAAUACAUAAGAGAAAUUGAUACUCGUAUAUUAGAUAAUUUAGAAUGUGAAAUUAUAGUAGAUGUAAUUAUUAAUUCGUUUAAAUUAUCUGAUAUUAUCGAUA